AUGGGUGACUCGACAGCCCCAAAACCAAGCAGCAGCGUGAAGCUUGUGCUCCUCGGAGAAGCUGCAGUCGGAAAGUCAUCUCUCGUCCUCCGGUUUGUCAACAAUGAUUUUCAGCCGAAUAAGGAGCCCACAAUCGGCGCAGCUUUCUUGACGCAAAAAUGCCAACUUCCUAGCCGAACCAUCAAAUUCGAAAUUUGGGAUACCGCCGGCCAGGAGCGUUUCGCCAGUCUCGCGCCUAUGUACUACCGUAAUGCACAGGCCGCUCUGGUGGUUUACGACCUCACAAAGCCCAGCAGUCUUGUAAAGGCACGACACUGGGUGGCGGAGCUCCAGCGACAAGCUUCACCAGGCAUCGUCAUUGCACUUGUCGGAAACAAACUCGACUUGUGCGAGGAAGAUGGAGCUACAGGAAGCGCAGGCGAUGACGCGCCCGAGGGUGUAGAAGAGGAGGUCGAUGGCGCCCUCAGGAAGGUCAGCAUCAAAGAGGCCAAGGCAUUUGCGGACGAGGAGAAUCUGCUUUUCUUCGAGACCUCGGCCAAGAGCGGCCACAACGUCAGCGAGGUCUUCACCGCCAUCGCAAACGCCAUUCCGGAAGCCAGUUUGAAGACACGGGGAGCUGUGCUUGGUGCUGGUGGCAGCGCACAGGCCGGAGCAGGAGGAAGACAAGAGAACAGCCGGGUCAAUCUUACAUCGAGGGACGGUGAUGCUGGGCCAAAGGAGGGAUGUGCUUGUUGA